GUUCUGUAAAGUGAACCUGUUUUGAUACUUCGUGUUGUGUGAAACUAAACAAAAUAUGCCGGGUAUAACUGUAGCGGAUCAAAUUCUAACUGGAGUAGUGGCAUGUUGGCAUGCUAAACAAUUAGGAGGCGCAGCUGCAAAGAUUGGAGAUUUACGAAGAAAGCACGAAAUAGCACCACCACGGACAGAUGGACCAGACGAAUUUAUACGUGCAUUAAGAGCCCAGCAAAAUUGUCUUGAGUUCGGAGUAACAUUUGAGAUCGUGUUGUGGCUAGCAGGGAUAUUUGGGCACCAAGUUCCUGCAGCAGUACUAGGGGCAAUUUUCGUUUAUUCACGUGAACAAUACUUUAAUGGAUAUAUACAGGAUGCUGAAAAAAGAAUAAAGCCAUUUUGGAUGGGUAUCCGAGCACUAAAAGGCCUUUUCGCAGUGGCAAUCUUAGGACUGGUGAAUACCGCACUUGUCCACUACGCCGGGAUAAACGUGCCCAACAUGAUAAAGGACAAAUUAUUUUAACUACAACAAUUCUGUAUAAACCAAGACAUUGUAUCCGAAGUGUAAAUGUUACGUAAAUAAUGUGAUAAAAAGGGAGCUAACAUAUGAAGAUAACGAAGGGUAUAGAAUAGUUUUGUUGAUAAAUUGGGUUUUCAUCAUCAAAUACCUCCAUUUUACACAUGAAAGACUGACCAUUCAUUUGUCAACAUGUCAAAAGCAUAUGCAGAUCUAACGCUGAUUUAUAUCAUAAUCUUUAGCUGUUGUUUUAAAGUCUGUAAGUUUGUUGCUCUCAACUAUAACAUAUACAUUGUAUAUUGCAUAUAGUCUAUAUCUAUAUGUUAUAGAUGAGAGCAACAAACUUACAGACUUUAAAACAAUAAAACAACAUAUAUGUUAUAGUUGAGAUAUUUUAUAUUAUGUUUAAAUAUCAUGUGGCCAACACUUGAUAUGCCAUUAUUUUCUCAUUUAUAUGAAAGUUAGGGUAAAAAGGUGUUUGCAUAUUCAUGACACAUUGUGCAUAUUAGUUUCAGAGAUUAGUGCCAUAAUAAUCUGAACUCACUACUAAUAUCUGAAUUAGAAAAGAAUUCAAAUUCAAUUGUAUAUAAAAAAAACUUUGUAUAUUUAGAUAAUGUUUAUUUAUAUAUGUCUGUUUAUCUUGUGUUAGUGAACGGACAAAACAAUAAAAUAAUAAUAAGAAUA